ACACUCGAUCUAAGGCUUGAAGUUAGAUUCUUGGAUUGAGGAGUCUACGGUCCAUUAUUAAUCGUUACAAUGUAAACGCCACGUGGGAAGAUUAGGGCUAAUUAGGCGUGCAAUGCUAGGGCAAAAUGGCGAUCCGACAAAAGUCGAGCGUUCCUCCAGCCGGCAUCGUCCGGUAAAUCGAUCGUGGCCGGUGGCGGCGGCAAAGAUUGCAGCUCGUCCGCGUCUGUGAGCGCGAGAUCGAGCACCUCGGAAGUGGCGGGGACCGUGGCAGCGCCCGGGAUCGGGAUUGGGGUAAGGGAGUGGAGCAGCGGGUUAAGGGAGCAGCAGGGACGAUUUGGCGUGGAAGCUGGCGAUGAGAAUUUUGCCGUGCCAGCGAGAUCUUCCGACAACAAGUUUGAAGCUGUGCGAUGCCAUUACUGGGAUACUUGCAGGUGAGAAAUCACGAGUGAAGAGUUCGAUCUUCGAUUUCUCGGCAAGAAUUUUUUGUUCUCUUUUCUUCGCCUCGAGUAAGAGCUCUUUUGGUUUUUAGCAGCUGUGGUUUCCAUUAUUUGGAGCCACGAGAGCCUGGAGCAACGACCAAGGCGUCAAGAACACCGAAGAUGGACUAGAUUUUUUUGGUUUGAUGAUAGAAAACGAUGAAAAAACUUUGUUGCAGUGAGGACGCGGUGACCUCUCUCUCUGCUCAAAGUGGAGUCUUCCUGCGAAUCAAGUCAUGGUGGAUCUAAUCGCAAAACUCGUGAAUCCUGCCGGAAUCUUCCAGUGCCGCGUGACCGACGCCAAAAAUGUUGCUGCUGCCGAGGGAAAUCUUGAGGAAAUCGCAAGAUUGUUCCGGAAGAAACUCACAGAUUUCCAGCAGAUAUCUCCCGAGCCAGUUCUUCGCCCAGGAAACCAUUUCAAUGCGCAUUACAGCGUGAAGGACAUGGACGAGCUCAAAUGGCUGUUCGUGGAAUCUCUUACAGGCAGUUAGUUACGGCGUUUUUAGGGUCGUGCCAAAUGCCGGGACGGGGCAUAAUAUUCUGAUUCCAGGACAGGGGGAUGUGCAGAUAUGUGGCGAGCGCCAUGGAGUCGACUGCAGCGGGAGCAGCAACAACAAGUAGAAAGCUUAAGCGGGAGGCGGCCCAGCGGCGCAAGGCGCAGGCUAGAUCGCUCAAACUUCGGGCCGAGGAACAGGAACGCUUGCAGCGCCUGGAGAUUGAUGCACUGGUGGAGCAACAGAGGGUGCAGCGCCUUGAACGACACCGUCGCAAAGAAGACGCUGAGAAGCUCGCUCGAGAGGCAUCAGGGCUGGGUUUGAGCAACAGCUGCUGCUCGCAGGGAGGCGCGCAGCAGACGAGGAGCAGCGAUGCGCGGCAGCAGCAACAGCAGAGUGGAACAGGGGAGAGCAGGUCGUCGUCGUCCUCGUCGAGCUCUGCAGUGCCUUCUUGGCCCGUUGUUUAUAAGGACCACCAACAAGCUACAGCACAAGAUGCAGCAGAGCAGCCAGCCACCUCUCAGCAAGUGCAACAGGCGAGAGCUCUUGUGGACAACCGGAGAAAACUGGCGAGGGGCCCUCGCUCGGGAAACGGGACUGUGGGCUUGGCAUUGACGCAAGUAACCAACUUUGCUGCUUCUAAGAGCUCCGACUUGGCGCUGGAAGAUCACCGGGUUGUGAGCACAGAGUACCAAGCAGCGGGAACGCAAGCUCUGAUGCGGGUCACACUUUUAGCAGCGGGUUUUGUCAUUGGCGCUCGGGGCAUCUCCGCGAGGCUCAUCGGUCAGGUGACAGGUGCCAUCAUCCAGUCGUGGACGGAAUCGUCUGCAUGCCGGCACAGCAACAGCGCCACGGGGGUGCCAAUGAGACUCUUCAGGAUUCAGGGCAAGAAGGCUGUAGUCCAGGCAGCGGUGGCCCUGGUAGAGCAGGCUGUGGCCAAGUACAGGGAACUGUGCGAGUGCAAGAGAAGGGGUGAAUUUGUUCAGCGUGAACAUGUCAUCAACGGGGUUGAGUUUUACUAUCAGCCACCACCUCGAAAGGCAUUCUCUGACCAACUCGCGUCGUCCAGGACUCCGUCUUCCUCCUCCUCCCCUUCACCGGCUUCUGUGGCUGCCGCGGCCACCAGCACCAGCAACUGCAACAGCGGCAGCCGGGCUGACGUCCCCUUUCCCCCGCACCAUGCCUGGCUCCGUCACCUCCAGGCUGCCGGAGCGUCGUCGAGGGAUGGAAGGGAGGCACAGCCUGAUGGCCAUGGCAGAGCGAAGCAAGUCGCCAGCCACGCCAGCCAGCAUUCACUUCAGGUGGAAUCCAGCUUGUUUAGUGUCUUUGGCAACGGGGGAUUGCCACUGCCACUGUCAAUAGCGCAGGAAAGCGCUCCCUCCCUCAAGACCUCCUCCCUGGACGUGUCCACCACGCCUUUUGACUUUCCAAAGUACGAUUUCUUCCGGGAGAUUUUGCCUGCGCUGCCGCAGCAGCAGCAGGGGGGAGAGCACAACCUCUUUGGAGACGAGCUCUGCAUGCUGUGUGUUGAGAGGCCGCGUGCGCGUGGUGGCGCUACUCGUCUCACGGAUUGCGGCCACGCAUCGUUUUGUUCGUCGUGCGUCCGGGCACGGGGCCACUGUCCAGUCUGCCAUGCAAAGCUUGUGGGCUGGGGUCUUAUGUGAUGUUGUGUACAUUU